ACAUAGUGGUAGUAAUCUUACGAUUCGGAUACAUUUAUUUUAAACGGUUAUUGGGAUCGCUGAUUUUUGGGAAACUGUAGACUUAGUAUUUUCAGUCAGAAUUGGAUUUCUGACGGUUGGGUGCGAGUGGGUUGGAAAAACUGGAAAUGCUCGGAAAUGUGCGAGGAACUUUUGUUCAGUUGUGCGUAAAAUUUGAUGUAAGGAACGGGUGGGACCGUGUGCUUAAUAAACAGUGACGGAACGUCAAAAACGAAAUUAGCGGAGAAGAAGAAAGUGCCCCGAAAGCGAAGGAUUUAUAUUUUUUUUUAUCAUUACAAGAAGGUUUUACAGCGAGACAAGAUUUACUCGACUUUUUAACUGCGAAGAAAAACUUCAAAGAGUGGAAGAAGAUUGAUUUGUCAAGGUGGAAAAACGAAAACUGGAAAAAUGAUGCUCCGAAUGCGCCUUGGAUUUCAACCUACGCGAUUCUUCCGCUUCGAUUAUGGGCAAAAGGAAGGUGAGGCGAUCCCGCUCAUCGCCACAGCGUCCAAGCUGGCCGCCGUGGAGGAUGUGGGUCCAAAGCGGCCCGAAGGCCCGACCACCGCCACCUCCAUAAAGGUGUCCUCCACAACGAGGGCCACUCUGCAAUCCUUACGGUCGCCUCGAAGCAGGCUAGCCACCUCCGCUAGCACCCGUGACGCCGAGACCAUCACCGAGGUGUGCAGCGGAGGGGAGCUACCGGAAGUCGAAAUAAUCAGUUUGUUAGAAGAGCAGAUACCGCAAUACCGCUUACGGGCAGACACCAUCACACAAUUUCAAGGAUACGAGAACGCCGACUGGUUCAUCCCAGCACCCGCACUCAGGUUGGAAGACGCUGAUCUCAAGUUAUCGCCGGAUCAGAUCCGAGAGACGCUUAACUACUUCAGUGAGUAAUUUGAAUUUCUUCUA